UCAGAGCGCUCCCCCGCCGGGACCCUUCUCUCACAUCCCCCUGCUGGGACGCGGCUACAUUUCCAGCCAAGCACUGCCUGCCUUGGCUUUAUUAUGUGUGUCUGCGCCGCAGCCCCGCCAGCAGAGGCAGGCAGAGGAGGAGGAGGGAGACUGGUAGCCAGAGUCAGGACAAAGAAAAAGCAGGGAGACAGAGGCUAGCGAAAGGUUAGGCUGGUUGAAAUUAUUAGGCAUCUAUUAAUACCGGACACUGAGGAAAUAUUAACAAAAAGAAAGCGUGGGUUGUACAAGCAGCAUACCCCACAGGGGUGGAAAUACAGGGGAAGAGCGCAAUGUCCAUGCCACCAGCGUACCACUACCACAGCUUAGAGUAAAAUAGCGGGACGGAACCCGGGAGGCUGGUCGGUUCGGCUCGGCUCCUGGAGCGAGAAAAGAAAACUAAACAAAAACAAAAACAGACAAUUUCACUUAAACUAAAGAAGCUCUGACGAAGACGAGAGGAGCGCGCGGGGGGAAAGAACCGAUUUCCAAAAACACGCUCCCCUCACCCGGACAGUCACGCGCGUCUGCUGUGGCAUCGUCACGCUCACACUCGGACGGUGCCGCUGUCACAUUUCCUUUUUCUUUUUUUCCCUCCCAUUCAACACAGCCGCGGGACCUUGCUCAGGUGUUCUGACACGCGCGUGGGCGCUCGGAAAGAAAGGCAAAAGCCGCGUGGAGAAAUUAAGCAAAAAUAUCAAGGUUGUCGGCGUUGCCGCAACCGGAGAAGUUUCACCCCGUUCAAUUCUACAGGUUGCGCGAGCCUUUGGUUACCGCGUGCGAGAGAAGGGGAACGUAGCGGAGGAGCGGAGCGGCACGGCGCGGCACAGAGCGGUGCGGUGAGCUCGGUGGCUUUCGCCGGACUCGGGACCGCCGUUUAACUCACUCACAGGCUGAAGCUGCCGCAUUGCAACAGGCGAAGAAGCAGCAGCGAAGUGGUGGUGGAGGAAGAAGAAGAGGAGGACGCGUAUCCCGGCCGUGUCCGCCUGCAUGGUCAGCUGAAAACACGGAGCGGAACGAAAACAACUAAUAAAAAAGAAGAAAGAUUAAGAAGAGCGGCUCGACGGCAGAGAUGUCCAGACGCAAACAGGCCAAACCGCGCUCCGUUAAAGCAGUAGAAGAAGGGGAGUCCUCGGAGUUUGGAGGGACCUGGGAUGAAUCAGCCGUCCAGACAGAAGUCCCUGUGUCAGACAGAGAGGCAGAGCCCAAAGAUGGUCAGGGGGCUGGCGCCGAGGAUGGAGAACAGGAUGAGGACCGUGACGAAAGAGAUCACGACGAGGACCUGGAUGACGAGUCCAUCUUCACCUGCGAUAACUGUCAGCAGGACUUUGAGUGUCUGGCCGAUCUGACUGAGCACAGAACCAACCACUGCCCGGCAGACGGCGACGAUGACCCAGCAGGUCUGUCUUGGGUGCCUUCCUCGCCCUCCAGCAAAGACGUGGCCUCACCCUCGCAGAUGCCCGACGGCUGCUGCGACCUCGGCAUGGCCACCGGCGGCGAGGAGGAAGGAGGUGCAGGUCUGCCGUACCCCUGCCAGUUCUGUGACAAGUCCUUCAGCCGCCUGAGCUACCUGAAGCGACACGAGCAGAUCCACAGCGACAAGCUGCCUUUCAAAUGUACCUUCUGCAGCCGUCUGUUCAAACACAAGAGGAGUAGAGAUCGCCACGUGAAGCUCCACACAGGAGAUAAGAAGUAUAGCUGCCAGGAAUGUGAAGCUGCGUUUUCUCGCUCAGAUCACCUGAAGAUCCAUCUGAAAACACACAGCUCCAGCAAACCAUUUAAGUGCACUGUGUGUAAACGUGGUUUUUCCUCCACUUCAUCACUGCAGAGCCACAUGCAGGCUCAUCGUAAGAACAGAGAGCAUCUCGCAUUGAGGAGUGAGAAAGAUGGAGGAAAGAAAGGAGCCGGAGGAGAGGGUGACCUGGAGCAGGACCUGUACAUGUGUGAUUACUGUGAGGAGACGUUUAGCCAGACCGACGACUUGGAGAAACACGUCCUGACCAGACACCCCCAGUUAUCGGACCGAGCUGACCUGCAGUGCAUCCACUGUCCGGAGAUCUUUCUGGACGAGGCUUCCCUUCUUACGCAUAUUGAAACACAGCACGCCAACCGCAAACACAAAUGUCCUGUCUGUUUGGAGCAGUUCCCCUCCGUGGAGGACGUCUACUGCCACUUGGACAGCCAUCGUCAGCCUGACUCCUCCAACCACAGCGCUGCCAGUCCGGAUCCUGCAUUGGGCAGUGUGGCCUCCAUGAGCUCCGCCACUCCAGACUCUAGCGCCAGUCUAGAGAGAGGUUCAACACCCGACUCCACGCUGAAACACAGUCAGGGUAGCGAGCGAAGCCGCAGAAGAGGCACUGAUGCUGCAGAGGACAUGGGGAUAAGCCUGGGACAUCAAGCUGGAGGUGGGGGAGGAAACUGGGGCAAAGUGACGUACUCCUGCCCUUACUGCUCAAAGAGAGACUUCCAUAGUUUGGCUGUGUUGGAGAUCCAUCUGAAGACCAUCCAUGCAGAUAAGCCACAGCAGAGCCACACCUGCCAGCUCUGCUUGGAAAGUCUACCCACCCUUUACAACCUCAACGAGCAUGUGCGCAAAGCUCACCGCUCCAGCGGUGGGACGGUUGCGGCAGCAGCUUUUCCGCUGCUCCAGUUUACCAAUGUCACAGCGUUCCACUGCAACUACUGUCCGGACAUGUUUGGAGACAUCAACUCUCUGCAGGAGCACAUCAGGGUGUCCCACUGCCUGCCUGGUGGCAUCGUGGCUGGAUCCACCACACUAGAGGGGAACCAUGCCUUCUUCUGCAACCAGUGCUCCAUGGGGUUCCUUACAGAGUCUUCAUUGACUGAACAUAUUCAACAAACGCACUGCACCUCGGCUACAGGUGGAGGGACGGCAUCCGGAGGAGCAGUGGCCAAACUGGAGUCUCCGGUUCUACAGGCUGCAUCUCAGUCCUUCAUGGAGGUUUACUCCUGCCCUUACUGCACCAAUUCUCCUAUCUUCGGCUCACUCCUCAAGCUUACCAAGCACAUAAAGGAGAACCACAAGAACAUCCCGCUGGCUAACAACAAAAGGCAGGCGAAGGUUGCUGACCUCAGCCCCGCCUCUUCGGAUGUUGAGAUCUCCUCUCCGAAACGCCACAGGCUGGGAGGGGACUCUACCCCGUCCAUGGGAAGCAACGGAGAUUAUCCGUGUAACCAGUGUGACCUGCGAUUUUCCAGUUUUGAGGGUUUCCAGGUACAUCUGAAGUCCCACCUGGAGAUGCUGCUGAGGCGCCAGUCCUGCCCCCAGUGCAACAAGGAGGACUUUGAAUCCCAGGAAGCUUUGCUUCAGCACCUGACAGUGCAUUACACUACCACAUCGACGCAGUAUGUGUGCGAGAGCUGCGAUAAGCAGUUCUCCUCCGUGGAUGACCUGCAGAAACACCUGCUGGACAUGCAUACGUUUGUCCUGUACCACUGUACUCUCUGUCAGGAAGUCUUUGACUCCAAGGUCUCCAUACAGGUGCAUUUGGCAGUGAAGCAUAGCAACGAGAAGAAGUUGUUUCGCUGCACAGCUUGUGCCUGGGACUUCAGGAAAGAGGCAGAUCUUCAGCUUCAUGUCAAGCAUAACCACCUGGGCCAAAGGUCAGGCCUUCCAGGAGGCCUUGCAGGACUGAAACCUCGGAAGUGCAUCUUCUGUGGGGAGACAUUUGGAACAGAAGUGGAGCUCCAGUGUCACAUCACCACACACAGCAAGAAGUUUACCUGUCGCUUCUGUGGCAAAGCUUUCCACGCCAUCUCCCUGCUGGAAAGACACCUGAGGGAAAAGCACUGCAUCUUCGAUGGCGGCAGCAUCACAGGCAAUGGCGGUGGAACAGGGAGCAGCGGGAGUCAGAACGGCACACCCAACGGGCUGGCGCAGUCCUCAAAGCGAGGAGGAGCAGGAGGAAGUGGCAAUGGAGGUGCAGGAGGCGUCGAAAGAGUGACGGUCGCAGCAGCCGAACAAGCCGACCUGCAGAACAUGCUGCUGAAGAGUGGAGUUGUAGGGGGAGGGUCGGCUCAGGGAGGAGAAGCAGCCAACAGCCACGAAGCAAGCGGUGGAGAGGAGGAGCUGGACAGCUCUGAGCCCAUGUACGCCUGCGAUAUCUGCGGCGCAGCCUACACCAUGGAGUCCCUGCUGCAGAAUCACCGGCUGCGUGACCACAACAUCCGGCCGGGAGAAGACGACGCUGGUUCUCGGAAGAAGAAAGCAGAUUUCAUCAAAGGGAACCACAAGUGCAACGUAUGCUCUAGGACUUUUUUCUCUGAGAAUGGGCUUCGUGAGCAUGCUCAGACGCACCGUGGCCCCGCCAAACACUACAUGUGCCCAAUAUGUGGCGAGCGCUUCCCUUCUCUGCUGACGCUCACCGAACACAAGGUGACUCACAGUAAGAGUCUGGACACAGGAACCUGCAGAAUCUGUAAGAUGCCUCUGCAGAGCGAGGAGGAGUUCAUAGAGCAUUGCCAGAUGCACCCUGACCUCCGCAACUCCCUCACUGGCUUCCGCUGUGUCGUGUGCAUGCAGACCGUCACCUCAACCCUGGAGCUGAAGAUCCAUGGCACCUUCCACAUGCAGAAGCUUUCCACUGGUUCUGUACUGGGAGGAGCUGGAGGAGGAGGUGGGAACGGAGGAGCAGGUGGAGGGAACGGCUCAGCUUCCUCAUCCCCUAAUGGGCAGCUGCAGCAGCACAAGCUGUAUAAAUGUGCUUUCUGCCUGAAGGAGUUCAAGAAUAAAGGAGAUCUGGUGAAGCUGGAUGUCAACGGCCUGCCGUACGGCCUCUGUGCUGUGUGCAUGAGCAGGAAUCAAAUGUCCAAUCAAAUCAGGGGCACGAACGGGCAGAGUCCCAGCCAGGGAGGAGCGGUGACGCCUGGGGACACGCAGGGGGAGAAGGCCGUGACCGGGCUGAGGUGUCCGGAGUGUGGGGUAAAGUUCGAAAGCUUGGAGGACUUGGAGAGUCAUGUCCAGACAGACCAUCCCGAGGUCAGCCCUGAAACCAGCGUAGCAGGAAAGAAGGCCGAGGCUUCACCUGCGCCCAAGAAAAAAACCUACCAGUGUAUUAAAUGCCAAAUGACGUUUGAGACUGAAAGAGAGAUCCAGAUUCACGUUGCAAAUCACAUGAUCGAAGAGCCCACCUGUCGGCAAGAGGAGGGCAUCAAUCACGAGUGCAAGCUGUGUAACCAGAUGUUUGAUUCACCUGCCAAGCUGCUUUGCCACCUGAUAGAGCACAGCUUCGAAGGCAUGGGAGGUACCUUCAAGUGUCCCGUCUGCUUCACAGUGUUUGUUCAGGCAAACAAGCUUCAGCAGCACAUUUUCGCUGUCCACGGUCAGGAAGAUAAGAUCUACGACUGCUCCCAGUGUCCACAGAAGUUCUUUUUUCAGACGGAGCUACAGAACCACACACUGAGUCAGCACGCGCAGUGAGACCGAGGCCCGGCAGGAUCUCUCAGCUCAGCCGUGCCCCCGACCCGGAGCCGGCGGGGGACCCCCAUCUCCACAUCACAGCCAAUCAAAGUGUCAUUUGCUACUCACAUGUAAAACUCUAACGAUCGCGCCACUGGGUGCGGCUAUUAGGAGCAGUGGGGGAAAGGAAUAUUAAUGGGAUAUGCUAUUAAAUAAAGAAAGGAAAAAGAGGGAGGAGAAAAGUGUAAGCGCUGGAUGAAGGAAAGAGAAGGCUGAACAAAGGUAUUGUACGUGCAGUAUUUUUUAUUGUCCCUGCCAAACACCCCCACCAGCUUUUCCCUCCGCCCCGUCUCUCCUCCUUUCCUCCCACCAAGUCGUACAUUUCUUUUUUCUUUUUAACAAACAGAAGGAAAAAAAUUGAGAAAACACCUUUUAUUUUUGUCUUUUUUCUUCCUUUUUUUUAGUUUUUAGGAAAACUACUUUCUUGUCCUCUCAGUUGCUUCUUGUAUUCAUAGGUGCCAUUUUUUUCUUUUUAUUUUUUCCAUAUGAGCUAAUUUUCUUUUUUUUUUCAUUUUUGUACCUUUCAUUUCUCGCAGUAAGUAGGUACUUGUGCUGUGUUGUGAUUGUUUGCCAGUCGUAAUAUUCCUCCCCCAAGCUACCCUUUUUAUGAUUGUUAUAUAUAUUUUUCCUUUUUGUAAUUACUAUGAAAAAAAGACAUGAAAACGAAAAUAAAGUGCAGAAAAGCAUACAGAUGUUUCUUUUUUUGGAUUGAGUUUUCCAGUCAUGGGGCCUAUAAACGGUUAUUGUAAAAAAUGAAUAUCAUCGACUUCAGUGCGUCUGGUCAAUGACUGCUUUUUAAAUGUGAAUUAACCAGAUUGCAAUAAAAUAGUACAGGAAAAAGAGAAAAGAAAUAAA